CUGCCGCCCCACAGCCAGCGGGAAGACGCCGCUGUCGCAACGUUCGGCGUGUGUUGGAGCAGAUGGGCUUGAUGUCUCGGGGUAACUAAUCCACACGGACGGAACCAGCCAGCAGCAGGAGGGGCACGCGGCUCCGGGACCCUCGCCCAGCUGAAUGAGUGUAACCCGACACCGUCUCCACGUCAGCUCCACCUGUAUACCGCACCGUCAGCAGCAUGGACACUGAGAACGACCCCUGCCACCACAGGCGCCACAUCGACUCCACCAAGAGCCCCCUCAUCAGUGCCAUCAUGUUCGCGGCGGGGGUCGUCGGCAACGUCGCCGCCCUCGCGCUGCUGGAGAGCCGGCGGCGGCGGGAGACGGAUGGCGCGCGGCGGCGCUCCUUGUUCCGCGUGCUCGUCACCUGCCUCGUGCUGACGGACCUGGCGGGCACGUGCCUGGUCAGCCCGCUCGUGCAGGUGUCCUACACGCUCAACCUGACGCUCGUGGGCAUGUCGGAGACUCCCGCGGUGUGCGCGUACUUCGGCGUUAGCAUGACGUUCUUCAGCCUAGCCACGCCGGCGCUUCUGUGCGCCAUGGCGCUGGAGCGCUGCCUCGCCAUCGGCCACCCAUACUACUACAGCCGCCACGUCACCAAGAAAGGCGGCUACAUCGCCGUCCCGCUGGUGUUCCUGCUCAGUGCCCUGUUCUGCCUCCUCCCUUUCGUGGGCUUCGGCGAUUACGUCCAGUACUGCCCCGGGACCUGGUGCUUCAUCGACAUGAACCCCAAGCGGUGGGAGGACCGGCUCUACGCUAACGUGUACGCCACCGUCAUGCUAGCCCUGGUGCUGGCCAUCGUGGCCUGCAACUGCUUUGUGGUGUGCCAGCUGGUGAGGAUGUACCAGCGGAGGAGGAGGAACGGAGGCUCCGUGACCGUGACCACGCGGUCCAAGAGGGACAGGAGGACGAUAUCGAUGGCUGAGGAGGUGGAACGAGUUAUCCUGCUGGUCUUCAUGACCGUCAUCUUCAUCAUCUGCACGCUGCCCUUAGUGAUCCGUGUAUACAUAAACUCUACAGGACAGCGUAAAGAGUCUCACCGCCUGGAUCUCAACGCCCUUCGUUUUAUUUCUGUCAACUCCAUCAUCGACCCGUGGGUCUUCAUCUUCCUCUCCCCCAGUGUACUGCACUUCUGCUGGGCCUCAGUGUGCCGAGCUUCGCUUGUGAUGCCUAGGAGCUCCGUGUUUAAAUCGUCAAUAGGCAAAGAGCCAUGUAACGGUCAGCUUGAGCUGUGCCGCCCAGCUCUGGACUACAGUGGGCCUGUAACAUCCCACCAAAGCCUAUGACGUAGCAUUUAGUGUUAGUGUGAUGCUGACCCUCACCAGUGUAGUGGCACUGACGCCGUAUAGCGGUUCCCUGGUGUGAACUUCCUGAGGAACACCCCCCCAGAGGCAUGGCGCAGUGACAAUUACUGGACCGUGUGUGUUCAGCUCAGUUGUGGCAUAAUGCUGGUGAGUAAAGCCUGAGGUUCAUGUGCUGCAUCCCGAGCUCCUGAUGGGUCAGAAUGGUUCUCCUGUGUGGCGGGCGCUUCCAUCAGCGCCAUCAGGCGGGAGUUUCUGAUCAUGGGACCUGUGUUGCUAGCCAGUGUGUGUGUCUCCUCACUGCAGCCACAGCAGCUGACUCGCUCGUGGGAAGUGAGAUUGGAUGUUGUAAACGGAGGUGAAACCGACUUUAUUGGGUUUUUUUUGUUUUUGGUUUGUGGACCAAAUGAUUGUGUUUUUUUUAUAUAUAACUAUUGUAAUAUGACAAAAUAUCAGACCUUAAUCCAAAUAGGCCUUUUACAUUUCCAGUAAAUACUCCUGGGUUGGGUGGAAUGUCAGGCUACAGACGUGCUCACCAAAGCUUCGUGUUUCAUGGGACGCCAUCCAGAUAAGGUCCACAAAGUUGUUUUUCAGAGCCUGAGUACAUACGAAUACAUAUCUGAAAACCCGCUGCACUGUACGACGUUGCAUUAGUUUGUAUAUCUUAUGUAAUGCUGAGGUCACUUUUAAAAGCUCCAGCUAUGAGACUGCAUUUCAUUUGCUGUCAGUUCAAGGACCCUCUCAAGGGAACUUUCGUCUUCAAAACUUGAAUCUUUUUUGCCUCUUAUUAUUGUAUUAAUGUACCAUUGGUAGUAAAUGUUAUUUUGUAUUUAUGGUAUAACUGUGAGUAAACUUGUCAUAUUCAAAUGUUUUAUUAUACUUCAAGUUACAUCAGAGGUGUUUAUAAAGAUAAUUAUCCGUGCUCUUUCGUUAACAGAGAGUCCUACUCUGCAGCUACGAGCUUUGGCAACUGACAUAUUUAAUGUGGACGGCACAGUCACUCAUAAAUAAAGGCAUUAUUUGAAGGUAGCAGCUGUGUCUCUAUU